GACAGCAUGCUGGGGCUUCCCUCCUCCAACCAGACGGACCUGCUGGACAUGUUCUCGGGGGCACAGCUCCUGCUGCGCUUCAAGCCACUCUUCAUGCCGCUCUACGCCAUCGUGGUGCUCGUGGCCGGCGUGGGCAAUGCCUUCCUGCUGGUGUGCAUCGUUGUCGACAGGAAACUGCACAACGCCACCAACUUCUUCAUCGGGAACUUGGCGGCCGGAGACUUGCUCAUGUGUCUCAGUUGCGUGCCCCUCACCGCCUCCUACGCCUUCGACCCGCAUGGCUGGGCCUUCGGACGCCCGCUCUGCCAUCUGGUGCCCCUGCUGCAGGGCGGCACCGUCUUUGCCUCGGUGCUCUCCCUGACGGCCAUCGCCAUGGACCGCUACGUGGUGGUGGCGUACCCCGUGCGGCGCCGCAUCUCCAUGUGCGCCUGCGGCGCGGUGGCCGCCGGCAUCUGGGUCCUGUCGCUCACCCUGGCCGCCCCGCCGGCACUGCACGUGCGCCUGGUGGACCUGCGCCCCAGCGGCGUGGACUUCCUGGUGUGCGAGGAGUUCUGGGAGGUGGAGCGGCUGCGUCUGCUCUACUCCUGCUUCUUCCUGCUGGCCUCCUACAUGAUCCCGCUGCUGGCCGUCAGCGUGUCCUACUGCGCCAUCAGCAUCCACCUGCGCCGCCACGCGCUCCCGGGGGAGCCAUGCCAACAGCAGCAGCGCUGGAGCCAGCGCCGGCGCCGGACCUUCUCCCUGCUGGUGGCCUCCGUGCUCGCUUUCGCCCUCUGCUGGCUGCCCCUGCAGGUGCUCAACCUGAUAGUGGACCUGGACGGGGAAUUCCGCUUCGUGGACAAGCACUACCUGAACGUGUUUCAGGCGAGCUGCCACCUGCUGGCCAUGAGCUCGGCGUGCUACAACCCCUUCAUCUACGCCUCCCUGCACAGCAAGCUGCGCCUGCACGUGAGGCGCUACCUGUGGCCGUGCAGGGGUGGGGGUUCGGCUCUGCUGUCACACUGCGCCUCCAGGAACCCAAACACCUGCCUGAGUCUGCUGUCGGAGCCGUCUGCCAAGGAGAACCAGAACCAGCACCGACACACGGGGGAACCGGAAACACCUGUCCACAGCAACCCGGAUAGCUCCCUCUGAGGACACACACACACACACACACACACUCACACACACU